CCUUCCUUGGUACCUCGUUAACUCAAGACUGAAACUGAAUUUGAUAUGAUUUGGUUCCGUGUGUGCAUUUAAUUUCUCUGCCUCUUUCGAUUUCUUCAGUGUCUCUAUUAUAAAGCCUCAAUCUUGGCUCUGUCUCUGUCUCUGUCUCUACGCGGUUCAUAUCCUAGCUUGGCCUAACAAAUCCCUCUAUUUUCGAAUUUUUGAUAACUCAGAAUGUUGUUGAUUCGUCUCUCCCGCCAAAAUCGAUCCUCUUUUACACUUCUCACCCGCCGCCUUCACAGCGCUUCCGACCAAACAGAGUCAUCCUCACGACUCCGAGACCAUUACAAUUUUCAACCACCGCCGCCGUUGUCUCCUUCCUCUGAAAAUCCUGACUUUAUCCAAAAGAAGAAGAAGCCGAAGCCGCAGUACCGCCCGCCUUCGUCACUGGAAGGUGUGAAGAAGAUGCACUCUGAUCUUCCGUUUGAUUUCCGUUUCAGUUACACAGAGAGUAGUUCAAAUGUUAGGCCAAUUGGCUUGAGAGAACCAAAGUAUUCUCCUUUCGGUCCUCAACGCUUGGACCGGGAAUGGACCGGUGUCUGUGCUCCGGCAGUUGAUCCUAAGUUAGAGUCUGUUGACGGUGUGGAGGAUCCGAAGCUGGAAGAGAAAAGAAGGAAACUUAGGGAGAAGAUCCAAGGGGCUUCACUUACUGAAGCUGAAAGGAAAUUUCUUGUGGAGCUUUGUCAGAGGAACAAAACUAAAAGACAAGUCAAUCUUGGGCGAGAUGGUUUGACUCACAAUAUGUUGAAUGAUAUAUAUAAUCAUUGGAAACAUGCUGAAGCAGUUCGUGUCAAGUGUCUUGGAGUCCCAACUCUUGAUAUGAAGAACGUUAUAUUCCACCUUGAGGACAAAACAUUUGGCCAAGUAGUGUCUAAACACUCUGGUACCCUUGUGUUAUAUAGAGGGCGAAACUACGAUCCCAAGAAAAGGCCCAAGAUCCCAUUGAUGUUGUGGAAACCUCACGAACCGGUGUACCCUAGGUUGAUUAAAACAACAAUUGAUGGCCUAAGCAUCGAAGAGACCAAAGCUAUGAGAAAGAAAGGGUUAGCAGUUCCUGCCCUGACAAAACUAGCCAAGAAUGGCUAUUACGGUAGUCUUGUUCCGAUGGUGAGAGAUGCUUUCCUCGUGAGUGAAUUGGUACGGAUUGAUUGCUUGGGACUAGAGAGAAAGGAUUACAAGAAAAUUGGAGCAAAGCUUAGGGAUUUGGUCCCUUGCAUCCUGGUGACAUUCGACAAGGAGCAGGUCGUGAUUUGGAGGGGUAAAGACUAUAAGCCACCCAAAGAUGAUGAUGAAUAUUCGUCCUUCAUUCAUCGUGAAUUUUCCAUAGACACCGAUUUAAGUUGUAGCAGAGUGGCUCGAGAUUCUCCAGACGAGACAACCAGAACUUAAGAUGAUUUAGUACUCUUGAUCCCAGUUGUAUAGUACUAUAGUUGUAUUGUGAGAGUAUUUUGUGGUACUUUCUUUGAUAUAAUUAAUCCAAGUAGCAUACGCACUGUACUUACUUGUCUCGCUAAGGAACACUAGAUAGGUUGAAGAAAAUACUUGUCUCGCUAAGGAACACUGUACUUUCUGGUCAAGCUUUGGAGUCUUUUUUACUGCAUCAGGUCUCUGUUUAAACAAACACUAACAUGUAAGUUUGUGUGAAGGAUUUGGUCCCUUGCAUCCUGGUGACAUUCGACAAGGAGCAGGUCGUGAUUUGGAGGGGUAAAGACUAUAAGCCACCCAAAGAUGAUGAUGAAUAUUCGUCCUUCAUUCAUCGUGAAUUUUCCAUAGACACCGAUUUAAGUUGUAGCAGAGUGGCUCGAGAUUCUCCAGACGAGACAACCAGAACUUAAGAUGAUUUAGUACUCUUGAUCCCAGUUGUAUAGUACUAUAGUUGUAUUGUGAGAGUAUUUUGUGGUACUUUCUUUGAUAUAAUUAAUCCAAGUAGCAUACGCACUGUACUUACUUGUCUCGCUAAGGAACACUAGAUAGGUUGAAGAAAAUACUUGUCUCGCUAAGGAACACUGUACUUUCUGGUCAAGCUUUGGAGUCUUUUUUA